AUGGCGGCUUUGAAAUUAUACUUUUUAGCGCUUAUCCUUCUUGCGCUUUUCGUUAUGAAAAAAAAUUUAACAGUUAUCGCGUCCAAACAAAAUAAACAAAGCGAAUAUUUACAAUUACUUGAAAGAAUUAAAGCAGGAUUUGAAGAAAAACCUUUAGUGCAAGACAGAGAAAUAAACGUUGACCCGAAAGUUUCUACGCAACUGAAAGAGUGGGUAAUGGGCGUCGCAACACUUUGCGUAAGUGGAAAAGCAUCUUUGGUUUUUGAGGAAUUUAAACCUCCAAAUGUGGUUAUAGAGUUAAUAAACUAUAUUGAAAAUCCUGACGCGCACCACAAGGAUCAAGAGAAGGAAGCUAAUAUUUUAAAAGUCAAUAUAAUACUAGACACAAUUUAUGACGCUGUUAAUCGAGAUUUACCCUACUUUCGAUCUGAAGAGGACUUUUCACCAUACGCACCGCAUUACGCACCGUUACAGACAAUACUUAGUUCUAUUGUUAUCCGUUCUCAACAAACGGUAGAUGCGUAUUUAUCGUCAUCUAUCUGUACCACAACAAACGAAAGUUUUCAUAAACUUACAGACAGGUCAAUAUUCUAUAACUCUUUGUCAGCGGGAUUGUCAUCAUCAGUUCUGUCUCAUGUUUCAAAGAACUUCGGAUACGAAAUAAAAACCAACUUACUGUUCGAUAUAAUAAGCACACUUGCUAUUCAAAUUCACAUGAUCAAGUCGAUAGCAUCUUUAGCAAAUUUAGACACUAAUGAUGAUGCGGUCAGGACGUUAAUUUACCUAUGCAUUGCGUCAGAUGGAAUAAAGGAUUCAUUGGCUAGAACAGCGAAGGAUUUGGCCUUAAUAAUAAUGCAAAGGAUGGUAUCAAAUAUUCCGACAUCCACUUCGAAGACUAUUGAUAAACAAAUUUCCAUGAAAUUAAUUACUGAAAAAGAAGAAGAGGGGAUUAUUAACCAAUUCUCGUCAAUUCCCUUUAUCGGAGAAUUAUUUAUGUUCAUUG